AUGUCCUCAGUUCGGCGGUUUAUUAUAAACUAUAAUGUUGAAGAUAGAGCUAUGAAAUAUUUGGAAGUCAAUAAAAACUCUUCCAAAGCUCCUCCCAAGCACCGGGGUAGCGUGUUUGUGGCAGAUGAACAAUAUGAUAAGCUAUCAUCACAUAAUCCAAAAUUGAAUCAAAAUGUCGACUCUUUAGAAAUAGUAGCAAAGUCUAUAACCAAGGGCAUAUUACCGGAAGGCAUUGAAUACGUUAGUGAAACUGCCCGAAUGCAUGCGCUGAAAUUUUGUUUCCGUAUAUAUCGGCCUUGUGGUGUAUAUCAUUUUUGCAAACCGAUUGUUCGCUGUCAUGCUGUCAAAUUAUCAUGGUUACCCGAAGAUCUUACAGAACAUUUUGAUGUUUUUAAGAAAAAUACAAUAUCUAAAUAUGAAAAUGCCACUAAACUCCUGACAUCUGGGGCAAAAGAAUGUGACCUUCUCCCUUUAUCUGAGUGUUGGAAGGAGUUGAGACCAAUAGUAGAUGUAAUUGAAGAAUUGGAUGUAUUACUUGAAGCUGAUAAGGAAGUAGAACAGUUAAUCGCAGAUAUUGUUGGUACUGAUGCUGAGGACGAUAUCAAUGAUUUAAGAGCGAUUGCUGAGUUGGAGCGUAAUGAACGAAACAUUCAGCGUAAAGCGUUAGAAAAAAAGCUUCUUAAUAUGCUGCUUCCAGUCGAUGAACGUGAUCUUGAUUCAGCUGUGGUACUGGAGUUAUUCGCUGGGGCUGGUGGUAAGGAAGCUGGUUUAUUUGCUCAUGAUUUACUGAAUAUGUAUCAUGCUCUUGCCAUACAACGAAAUUGGUCUUUUACUGUUACACAAAAAACUGUGAUGUCAAAUGAAGAAUGUAUUCCAUCUCAUAAUGAAACUUCACUUUCGUAUGUUCGUGUUGAAAUAGAAGGUGAACCAACUACAGAAUCCGGCAUAACGUCACUUGGUGCUUACGGUCAGUUAAAAUGGGAGGCUGGUGUUCAUCGAGUACAGCGUGUUCCUGUUACUAGUAGUCAGAAUAAGAUCCAUACAAGUACAGUAGCAGUAUCGAUACAACCUAAGUAUGGCAAUGUUGGUGUCGAUAUAUCUGAUGAUGAUUUAAAAUGGGAAUUCCACCGACCAACAGGUCCUGGAGGUCAGAAUUUGAACAAGUCAACCAGUGCCGUUCGUUUGACACAUUUACCAACUGGAAUAGUUAUUUCAUGUCAACGUGAACGUUAUCAACAUGCGAACAAAGAAUAUGCAUUGGAAAUGCUCAGAGAAAAACUUCGUGACAUUCAUUUAAAAUCCCAGUCCCAAUUAAUUGAUUCCAUUCGUCGAUCACAUUUGGGAAAUUCGGAUAGAUCAGAAAAAAUUCGAACUUAUAAUUUUCCACAAGAUCGUAUAACAGACCAUCGGUUAAGCCAUUCUUGGAAUAAUUUAAACAGGUUUAUGAAACAAGCUGUUGGACUUAGUGAACUAAUAGAAAGUUUAUACAAACAAGAUCAACGCGAACAAUUAAGACGAAAGUUAUGUACAGAGGAUAAAGAAAGUUCAUUGUGA